CGCGCAUGGGCGGAUGGGGCUCCGCGCUCUUGGCGCGGCGCAUGAAUCCGGGGCUCGGCAGGCCGCGCCCGGAGCGCGGGGCUCUCACGGGCUGCUCCCCCCGCUCCGCCCAUGGCCUCCCCGCUGGAGGACCCCGUCCUGAUCCGGCGUUUCCGCGGCCACACGGCGGCGGUGACGGGCGUCGCCUUCGACGCGAACGCGGCGGAGCUGGUUACCUGCUCUGUGGACAGCCUGCUCAUACUGUGGAAGCUGAGGACACCGUGCAGCGCCUACAGAUUUUCAGGGCAUGCGGAAGCGGUGACAAGUGUAGAGUUCUCUCCAGAUGGGCGGGUGCUGGCUUCAGCUUCUCAGGAUCACACGGUCAGGCUAUGGAUUCCUUGCAUUUAUGGAGAAUCAUCAGUACUGAAAGGUCAUACAGCACCUGUUCGGAGUGUGAGCUUCUCCCAUGAUGGCUGCUCUGUAGUUUCAGCAUCCAAUGAUAAAUUAAUAAAAAUAUGGAGUGUUUGCUCUCAGCGCCUUUUGUUUACGCUAUUCCAACACACUGGUUGGGUUUGCUGUGCCAAAUUUUCGCCUGAUGGAAGAAUAAUAGCAUCUUGUGGUGAGGACAAAUCUAUUAAACUCUGGGAUACAAGAAAUAAAAUUUGCAUUAAUACCUUCUCAGAUUAUGAAGGAUUUCCAACUUUUGUGGAUUUCAACCCAAGUGGAACAUGUAUAGCUUCUGCAGGUUCCAAUAACACAGUGAAACUAUGGGAUAUUCGAACGAACAAGCUACUGCAGCAUUUCAAAGUUCACAGAGCAGGGGUUAAUUGUAUAUCAUUCCAUCCUUCUGGUAACUACCUCAUCACUGCUUCUUCUGACGGUACCCUUAAGAUUCUGGACCUCUUAGGAGAAAGACUUAUUUACACUCUUCAUGGACACAAGGGACCUGUACUUUGUGUGUCUUUUUCAAAAGGUGGUGAAAGUUUUGCCUCAGGUGGAGUGGAUGCUCAGGUGUUACUAUGGAAAACCAACUUUGAUACUUUGGAUUAUGAAGAAGUUCUCAAACACAAUUUUAGAAGAACACAUAUUGAUGAUCCUCCUCAUCUUCUUGAUGUUUACCCAAGGUCAUGUCAUUUCCAUGAUGAAACAAUUACAUCAGUUGAGGUUGACCCUACCUUUGAUGUGCCUGAUAUGCAAACACCCGACCCAGUUAUCUUUGAUAUUAGAACAUCUUCAUAUAUGAGUACUCCUGAGAAACAUGCCUUCGAGAACAAGAAAUGCCUCUGGAGCGAUGGCAGAAGUGAAGAACUGCCGAGUCCCUGUGAUUCUCCCUCAGCAAGAAGUUCAAAAAGGAAGGCAGAGAGUGAGAGUGGGUCAGCUGUGCUUAGUGUGGAGCAGCCCAGAGGCAUCUCCUCCUCCAUGGACUGGGCUUUGGACCACAUUGUGGGCCAGCUGGAGAUGCUAACUGUAACCAUUUCAGUCCUGGAAGAACGUCUUACUUGUACAGAAGAUAAAUUGAAAGAAUGCAUAAAAGAUCAGCAAAAAAUGUUGCUUAAGGGAAAACAGAACUAAUAAAAGACGAAAAUGAGCUAUGUUGAUGAGUAUGUUUCAUAAAAUCACAAGGAAUGUUUCUUCCCUGGAUUUUGCUAUAAGCAGAAACAUCAAAUCAAAGUAAUAAAAAUGGAAGAAAUUAAAAAAAAAUCAAACAUUGGUAGCAAGCAGAUAUUCUGGUUGUCUAUUUAAUGAAGUGUAACCCAAUCAAAACUACAACUUCCUAAAUAAUUUUCAUUGAACAUUUCAGAACUCUUACUUCAACCCAACAAGAUAUUUGUAUAUAACUAAGCCACUAACUACGUAUUUUUAGAUGAAUAGCAGUUAUGCAGAUUACCACUUUGCGGAUUUUUAAACUCAGUCAAUGAUGUUUUUAAAAAUAAUGUUCUUUGUGCUAAGACAACAUUACUGAAACACCUAAAUUAAGUAAGACAUAAUACAAAAAUGCCCCAGGUGUUCUUUGUCCCUUACAUAUUCUCAAGUGUUUUACCAAAAAAUAGUGUGCUGUUCUUUAUCUUCUCAACAUUUUAGUAAUGAUUGCAAGAAGAUGUUGUGUGAAAACUUUUAGUUACAAAUGCAGGAAUUAAGUCACUUUAACUUGGAAGCUAUAAUUGCAUCUAUGUGAAUCCAGUUGCAAAACAUGAGUUUUGAUGCACUUGAACGCUUCUGCUUAUCAUAUCCCCAUCAAAAUUCACUUUUCAUAUUUAUAAAAACAAAAAUGAGCUUUAUACUUCUGAAGAAUAUGUUUGAACCAAACACAAAAAUUUGCAAAAUCUAGGUCAUAAAUAAAAAAGAUUCUUAUCCCAUAAGAAUGUCCACGUGUGCUCAAGCUUUGCAUGCUGUGAAUGUACUUGAUCAAGUAAUGCAUUGUGAAUGCUGACAUAAGUCAGGAAAAACUUUGCAGUGUAUGAUGAUUUGAGUUUUAUUUUUAAUAAAAAUGCAAUUCUUAGAAA